GCUUCACUCUCUUCUCUGGGCAAAAGGCAAUAAGCUUAUCUUCAUGGCAUCUCUCUCCAUGGCUUCCGUGAUCCUCAGAUUCUCUCCUCUACGCUCUUCUCCCCCAAAGAUUCCCACUCACGGGUCCGUUCAAUUCGCUCGACUCAGCUCCUCGAGCCUCGCCUCGACUCACAGCAUAUCUGGGCUUCGUGCGGUUCUUCCUCAGAAGAUAUCCACAGUCGUUUCUCAGAAUCCCCAAAGGCUUCGGUCUCUUACUGUCUUCGCUCAUAAGGGAUAUAAGAUGAAGACCCACAAGGCGUCAGCGAAACGGUUUAGAGUAACGGGGAGGGGGAAGAUAGUGAGGAGGAGAUCGGGAAAGCAGCAUUUGUUAGCUAAGAAGAACAACAAGAGGAAGCUGCGUCUUUCCAAAAUGCACGAAGUUAGCAGGAGCGACUAUGACAACGUCAUCGGAGCUCUUCCUUACCUGAAAGUCAACCGAAAGGCGACUUAAAACAAAGCCUUGGGAUGCUCCUUUUUCUUACCUGUAUUUCUCAUUUUGUAAUCUAAGUUGUGAUUAAAAAAAUACUUUUGUUUUGUGAUUAUUUGGUCAAUGAGUUUGGCAUUUGUGUCUUCUUACUC